GCCGCGGCGCCCCAGUUCAUUCUUUCCUUCCCUAAAGCACGAUGGCGCCGACUGCUAAACCUAAGGAAGCCAAACCAGCUGCAGAGGGCUCCAAGAAGUUGCCUGCGGUCCCAGAGUCGGUCCUGAAGAGGAGAAAGCGUCGCGAGACCGCAAAGGCCGCCCGUUUAGCGACUGCCCUCAAGCGCCGUGUCAACAAGUACAAAAAGAGGAAGACAAUUUUCAGAAGAGCAGAGUCGUAUGCCAAGGAGUAUAAACUAAAAGAACGAGAUGAAAUUAGAUUAAUCAGAGAAGCCAAAAAGCAAGGAAAUUAUUACAUUCCUGGAGAAGCUAAGUUGGCUUUUGUUAUACGUAUUCGAGGUGUUAACCAAGUGGCACCCAAAGUUCGUAAAGUUCUUCAGUUGUUCAGAUUGCGACAGAUUAAUAAUGGAGUUUUCGUCAAAUUGAACAAAGCUACCAUUAAUAUGCUACGUAUUAUUGAGCCAUACAUCACUUGGGGAUAUCCUAAUUUGAAAUCAGUGCGAGAACUUGUAUACAAAAGAGGUUUUGCCAAGAUUAACAAGCAAAGAAUCCCAAUAACGAGCAAUGCUAUCAUCGAAAAAAUGCUAAGUCGUAAGAACAUUAUUUGUACUGAAGAUUUAAUACACGAAAUCUUCACAGUGGGUCCUAAAUUUAAGUACGCCAGCAACUCCUUAUGGCCGUUUAAGCUAAACACACCGACUGGAGGUUGGCGCAAAAAGACAAACCACUAUGUUGAGGGCGGUGACUUUGGAAACAGAGAAGACAAGAUCAAUGAACUUCUCAGGCGUAUGAUUUAAUUGUAUGAAUGUGCUUAAAUGAUAAUAAAAGUGCAU